UAACUGCCCCAAAAUGAAAAUGAGGACAUUUGAGAAGGUGAUUUAAGGUGUGGACCUUUGGGAAAGCAUCCCAUUGAUUCAGUGAACCAAAGGAUAAAUACUGAAUAGAUUAAUCCUAAACACUUACUAUUUUUUACCCAGGAGGAUUUCAUCUUGACAGAAAAACUUACUCAUUAUGUAUUUUCUGAAAUUAAAAGAGAGAGACAAGAAUAGACUUAAAAUAGAUGAAAAUGUUUAGUAAAUAAGCAAUGUCAACUCUCUUUUGAUGAGGAUACUUCAGUGAUGUCAAAUCUUUUCCGAAUCCCUAGCUGUGGCUCUAAAAACAAGACUUUUUUUUGAUGGGACUGAUAUUAAGGGAAGUAGGACGUUUUGUGUAUUCAACUCACAGUUGUAGAACUUGCCAUCAUCAGCAUGUGUGGCUUAAAAGAGGAAAUAAAGAAGCUUUCAACUAAAUCCAAAAGUACAGUCAUUUUUCUGCUACUGUGAUUUUAAAGCCUCUUCAUAACCAUUGAAAAAGAGUUGACAACUGUUUUAAAAGAUUAAAGAAAGGCAGAUGUCUGCAAACAAUUCUCCUCCAUCAGCCCAGAAGUCUGUAUUACCUGCAAGUCUUCCUGCUGUGCUUCCAGCUCCUUCUCCAUGUUCAAGUCCUAAAACAGGACUCUCUGGGCGACUCUCUAAUGGAAGCUUCAGUGCGCCGUCACUCACCAACUCCAGAGGCUCAGUGCAUACAAUCUCAUUUCUCCUGCAAAUUGGCCUUACACGAGAAAGUAUUACCAUUGAAGCCCAGGAACUGUCUUUAUCUGCUGUCAAGGAUCUUGUGUGCUCCAUUGUUUAUCAAAAGUUUCCAGAGUGUGGAUUCUUUGGCAUGUAUGACAAAAUCCUUCUCUUUCGUCAUGACAUGAACUCAGAAAAUAUUUUGCAGCUGAUUACCUCAGCAGAUGAAAUACAUGAAGGAGACCUAGUGGAAGUUGUUCUUUCAGCUUUGGCCACAGUAGAAGACUUCCAGAUUCGUCCACAUACUCUGUAUGUACAUUCUUACAAAGCUCCUACUUUUUGUGAUUACUGUGGUGAAAUGCUCUGGGGAUUGGUACGUCAGGGCCUAAAAUGUGAAGGCUGUGGAUUAAAUUAUCAUAAACGAUGUGCCUUCAAGAUUCCAAAUAACUGUAGUGGUGUAAGAAAGAGACGUCUGUCAAAUGUAUCCCUGCCAGGACCUGGCCUCUCAGUUCCAAGACCCCUACAGACUGAAUAUGUAGCCCUUCCUACUGAAGAGUCGCAUGUUCACCAAGAACCUAGUAAGAGAAUUCCUUCUUGGAGUGGUCGCCCAAUCUGGAUGGAGAAGAUGGUAAUGUGCAGGGUAAAAGUUCCACACACAUUCGCUGUUCACUCUUAUACCCGUCCUACAAUAUGUCAGUACUGCAAACGGUUGCUGAAAGGCCUCUUUCGCCAAGGAAUGCAGUGCAAAGAUUGUAAAUUCAACUGCCAUAAACGCUGUGCAUCAAAAGUACCAAGAGACUGCCUUGGAGAGGUUACUUUCAAUGGAGAACCUUCCACUCUGGGCACAGAUACAGAUAUUCCAAUGGAUAUUGACAGUAGUGACAUGAACAGUGAUGGUAGUCGGGGCUUGGAUGACAUAGAAGAACCUUCUCCCCCAGAAGAUAAAAUGUUCUUCCUGGAUCCAUCUGACCUUGAUGUGGAAAGAGAUGAAGAAGCUGUUAAAACAAUCAGUCCAUCAACAAGCAAUAAUAUUCCGCUAAUGAGAGUUGUACAGUCCAUCAAGCACACAAAGAGGAAGAGCAGCACGAUGGUGAAGGAAGGGUGGAUGGUCCAUUACACCAGCAGGGACACCCUGAGAAAAAGGCAUUAUUGGAGACUGGACAGUAAAUGUUUAACAUUGUUUCAAAACGAAUCCGGAUCAAAGUAUUAUAAGGAAAUUCCACUUUCAGAAAUUCUCCGUAUAUCUUCGCCACAAGAUUUCACAAACAUUUCACAAGGCAGCAACCCACACUGUUUUGAAAUCAUCACUGACACUAUGGUAUACUUUGUUGGUGAAAACAAUGGGGACAGCUCUCACAAUCCUGUUCUUGCUGCCACUGGAGUGGGACUUGAUGUAGCACAGAGCUGGGAAAAAGCAAUUCGCCAGGCUCUCAUGCCUGUUACCCCUCAAGCAAGUGUUUGUACUUCUCCAGGGCAAGGGAAAGAUCACAAAGAUUUGUCUACCAGUAUCUCUGUAUCUAAUUGUCAGAUCCAGGAGAAUGUGGACAUCAGUACCGUUUACCAGAUUUUUGCAGAUGAGGUGCUUGGUUCAGGCCAAUUUGGUAUCGUUUAUGGAGGAAAACACAGAAAGACUGGAAGGGAUGUGGCUAUUAAAGUAAUUGAUAAGAUGAGAUUCCCCACAAAACAGGAAAGUCAACUCCGUAAUGAAGUAGCUAUUUUACAGAAUUUGCACCAUCCUGGGAUUGUAAACCUGGAAUGUAUGUUUGAAACCCCAGAACGAGUUUUUGUAGUAAUGGAAAAGCUGCAUGGAGAUAUGUUGGAAAUGAUUCUAUCCAGUGAGAAAAGUCGACUUCCAGAACGAAUUACUAAAUUCAUGGUCACGCAGAUACUUGUUGCUUUGAGGAAUCUACAUUUUAAGAAUAUUGUGCACUGUGAUUUAAAGCCUGAAAAUGUGCUACUUGCAUCAGCAGAGCCAUUUCCCCAGGUGAAGCUAUGUGACUUUGGUUUUGCACGAAUCAUUGGUGAAAAGUCAUUCAGGAGAUCUGUGGUAGGAACUCCAGCAUACUUAGCUCCUGAAGUUCUCAGGAGCAAAGGCUACAACCGUUCUCUAGAUAUGUGGUCAGUGGGAGUUAUUGUCUAUGUGAGCCUCAGUGGCACAUUUCCUUUUAAUGAAGAUGAAGAUAUAAACGACCAAAUCCAAAAUGCUGCGUUUAUGUACCCACCAAAUCCAUGGAGAGAAAUUUCUGGUGAAGCAAUUGACUUGAUAAAUAACCUACUGCAAGUGAAGAUGAGAAAACGUUACAGUGUGGACAAAUCUCUUAGUCAUCCCUGGCUACAGGACUAUCAGACUUGGCUUGACCUUAGAGAAUUUGAAACUCGCAUUGGUGAACGUUACAUUACACACGAAAGUGAUGAUGCCCGUUGGGAAAUACAUGCUUACACACACAACCUUGUAUACCCAAAGCACUUCAUUAUGGCUCCCAAUCCAGAUGACAUGGAAGAAGAUCCUUAAUUAUCAAUGAGCUAAUAACUUCAUUAAGGAAGGAUUUCAUGUUAUGGACUGAUAUUUUGCUGCAUAAGUGUUGUUCUCUGUAGAUUUGUCAUCUGAAAGGAUGCAAAGACAUGAGGAAAUACGAUAAGGAAACAGUGACACCAAUACUGUAGUUCAUAAUGAGUAGGUACAAGAGGGGAAACUGAGUAAUAAAAACAUAAUGGAACCCAAGGUGAAGCUUUUCAUAAAUUUUUAUAGCAUAAGCAAUAACUGGUUUUUGUAUUUUUUCCUAAUUGUCCAUUUUAGUACAAUAGUAGCACCUAGUUAUCUAUCUUCCCUUUCCUAUUCUUACGUUAUUUUUUUAAAAGGCAGAAAAGUCAAUCUAGAGUCCAGUUACUGCAUAGCUUGACCAAAUCAUACAAGAGUUACAAGGUUGAUUUCUAAACAGAUUUGCGCUUAAGUGCUGAGAGGCUACCAGCAUGCCUUUCCUAUAAACAUUUAUUUAACUGGCCAUAGAGACAUUGAGGGGGGUUUUCCUAGACCCCACGAAAGGGAGUCUAGGAAAACCCUGCUGCUCUACCUUUUUUAGGUCAGUCAAGACUCCAAAACGGUGAUCCCUACCCUUUUUGCAGUUGAAAUUCUCAAUAUGCUCUUCAG